AUGUGGCUCACGACCAACUGGAGUGGCGACCGACACAACAUCAGCAAGGAAAAACGCGGAGAAAAAACGGGACAUGAUGCCGAACUUAUCUUCUCCCCAAACAGCGAGUGUCUGUUUGGAAGUCAUUUUCCCAGCAACGGACGCGAUCUCCUAUAUUUCCAAGGACAACUUGUGAACUCUCUUCGCUCGAUCCUACGCACACAACACUCCAAACGUUUCCGACAGCGAGGACAAAACUGCGGAGAAACUCGAGAGAACUCCACAAAGCAGCGUUCCCGUCCCCUUCCAUUCUGUCCCGCUGUCGCAACCCCUCAAUGCAUAUACAGUACACACAGCGGAGGAAAUGUGCAGAUGUCAUUGUGUUUUGGUUCUGUCGCAGAUUACUGA